AUGACUGAUGCUUCGCUAGAUAAAAGUCUUCUCUCAACAAGUCAAUCUAACAAUGAGCGAGUGAACCAGAUCAAAAAAGAAUUUUCUGACAUAGAUACAAAUCAAGACCAGCAAUUAUCAUUUGAAGAAAUAAAUUCCUAUUUAUCGAAAAAAUGUCGCAAGCCCUUCAAUCCAAUUCUUUUGAACGAAAUCUUCAAAACACUCGAUAAAGAUCAAAAUUCUUUGGUAUCUAUAGAUGAAUUUGUAUCAGGCUAUUAUCAAGCAGAAACCUUGGUUAAAUCUCGACUCGAUCAAUUAAAAAUAGCAAUUGCUGAAAACACUCAAAAACUCUCAGAUACUCGACGUCAGUUUAUUGAGGCAAAAGCUAGCAGGUCUGAACGCCAAAAUGUAUUAACAGUGACUGUCAAAAAAGCUGAAGGCCUAAAAGCUGCUGGUUUAACAGGGAAUAAAGCUCCUCUAGUCAAAGUAUCUUGUGAAAGUCAAGAAAUCACCACACAACCUUUUCCAAAUCCAAAAAGCCCUACAUGGAAUGAGACUUUUUCAUUUUUCGUCAGCAAUGGAACAGGAAAAAUAUUAAUUGAAGUUUUUGAUUCUGAUAGAGGGAAGCCUUCAGCAUUUUUAGGAGAAGUUUCAGUCCCUUUCAGCGCCCUUACGGAUCAACAAUUGCAUGAAGACGCCCUAGACUUGGCAGGAAAAAAUGCAACUGAUAAAAUCUCUGGGAAAAUUUAUCUAGCUUUCCAAUGAAUUUAUGACCUGCCAAAGUAUUUAGAAGGGCUUAUUAACCAGUUUCAUGAUAUUAUAGAUGAAGAUAAAUCAGAAUUGCAAGAAAUGGAAAAAUAUUACAAAGAUCUUGAGUCUAUUUUUGGUGGCACUGGGGAAUGAAUACUUUCAAACCCUGUUUUCCAAAGAACUGAACAGCAAUUCUCAGCUAAAAUGGAUGAUGUUGCUGCAAGAGCUUUUGGGGUUGGAACCAUUAAAUGGUCUUUCGCUAACCAACUGUCUAUAUAUUUAUUGCUAUUUUUCUCAACAUUGUCUAUGUUCGUGAGACCUGAUUUCUUUAAUGUAACUUUUAUUUAGCUUUUGAUUGGGAUUUUGGCAAUUUAUUACUAUAUUACACAUACAAAUGUUGCUUUCCACUAUAAGUUUUUAGCUUUUGCAAUCAUUAUCUCUCAAAUUUAUGAUUUGAUAUGAAUUUGGAUCUAUUUAUCAGUAAUUUUUAUUCAGAAAUGGAUGGAGGGAUCAGAGAUAUACCUAUAUACGAAGGACAGCCCGUUAAUAAUUUUGGCUUAAUUUCUGAUCAGCUCCCACGAGUCAAAAAUGGGUUUCCGCGUGGAAUUUCUGGAUUUUUUCACGCGUGAAAUCCAUCUUUUGCUCGUGGGAGCCGAUCAGAAAUUUAACCAACUAAAUAUAUAUUUUGGUUAAUCAGACAAUAGCUGGCUUGCCAACUUUGCUAGCAAGUCAUAUUUUUUACUAACCAAAUUUAGAAUGGUUAUCCAAAAAGUGCUCCUAAGUGAGCUAUCACUGGUAAACAGUUAUAAAUGACGAUGGGAUUAAAAGGUUUGCUGCAAUAAUCUCGAUUUUGAACUUUAUAGGGAAAUUUAUCUUUGGAGCAAUUUUUUGGAAAAAUUCAAUCGAGUUAUCUUAG